UUAAAUCGUUAGAAACCGUUAAAUCUUAGUUAUGUAUUAGUUAGUUACACUUAUUUACUAUUGAAUAUAACAUUGUAAUUGUAUAUUAUGUGUGAGUCCACUCAUAGGUAACAGAAAAGGCGCGUCUCAUUUCGCUCCCUUUAUCGUGAAUCAGUUUAUCAUAAACACGAAUUCGGUCACUGGCUAAUAGUGAUGGAGAAACUGAGCUUUUCUAAACUCCGAGUCAACUGAAUCAAAUACUUUGCAAAUGAUUCAGUGAAUCUUAGCGCUCGUGCUGCUCAAACAGAAAUGAACGAGAACAACAAACACUAACAUGUGACAGAGGGACCAAACACACAGAAAAACUCUUGAUGAAGCAACUGAGAUCCAUGUGACACACUAUUAAAAAUAUGGCGUUUAUUAAAGAGGAGAGUGAAGACACGAAGAUGGAGUUUAUUAAAGAGGAAAUUGAAGACAUAAAGAUUGGAGAAACAUUCAGAGUGAAACAAGAAGAUACUGAGGAACAAACAGACCUGAUGGCACUGAAAGAGGAGAAUGAAGUAAUGAAUGAAAUGGAUGAGAAUGAUCAAUACAAGAAUCAUCCUGAUUUCACAACUGGAGAAAAAACUUUUAGUUGCUCGCAGACUGAAAAGACUUCCUCACGAAAAAGGGCUAAAAAGACAGGAACUAGAAGGAAUUUCACCUGCCAACAGUGUGGAAAGAGCUUUGCUGAAAAGAUACACCUUGAAAGACACAUGAGAGUUCACACUGGAGAGAAGCCUUACACCUGCCAACAGUGUGGAAACCAAUUCACUUUAAAAGGAAGCCUUAACAGGCACAUGAGAAUUCACACUGGAGAGAGACCUUACAGAUGUCCUCAGUGUGGAAGAAGUUUCAGUUGUAAAGGACACCUUAAAGCCCACAUGAGAGUUCACACUAGAGAGAAACCUUUCGUCUGCCAAGAGUGUGGAAACAGAUUCACUCUAAACGGAAGCCUUAAAAUGCACAUGAGAAUUCACACUGGAGAGAAGCCUUACACAUGCCAUCAGUGUGGAAAUACUUUUGCUCAAAAAGUAAGCCUUAAAAGGCACAUGAUAAUUCAUACUGGAGAAAAGCCUUACACAUGCCCUCAGUGUGGAAAGAGUUUUUCUCAAAAACUAAGCCUUAACAGACACAUGAGAAUUCACGAUGGAGAAAAGCCUUUCGCCUGCCAACAGUGUGGAAGAAGUUUCAACAUAAAAGGAAACCUUAAAGCCCACAUGAGAAUUCACACUAAGAAGAGCCUUUUCACCUGCCAACAAUGUGGAAUAAGUUUCACUCAAAAAGAAAGCUUUAACACACACAUUAAAAUUCACACUAAAGAGAAGCCUUACACCUGCCAACAAUGUGGAAAGAGUUUUGAUCAACAUAAAAACUUUAAAGACCACAUGAGAAUUCACUCUGGAGAGAAACCCUACAUGUGCACUCAAUGUGGAAAGAGUUUCAAUCAAAAACGAAACUUUAAAGACCACAUGAAAAUUCACUCUGGUGAGCAACCCUACACAUGUCCUCAGUGUGGAAAGAGUUUCAAUCAGAAAGGUCACUUUGAAGUCCACAUAAGAAUUCACACUGGAGAGAAGCCUUUCACCUGCCAACAGUGUGGAAAACUUUUCAACCAAAUAGGAAUCCUUAACAGGCACAGGAUAACUCACAAUGGAGAGAAGCCUUUUACUUGCCAACAAUGUGGGAAAAGUUUCAACCGAAAAGAAAUUCUUAAGAGACACAUGAGAGUUCACACUGGAGAGAGGCCGUUUACAUGUGGUCACUGUGGGAAAAGUUUUGGGUAUAAAAUAGCCCUUAAGUGCCACAUGAGUAUUCACGUAUGUGAAUGAACUGUUUUUGUACAUUAUCAGUGUGGAAUUGAUUUCACUGACAGGAAACACCUCAUGUUUGAGAGACUGUAUAAUGUACUGAUUAUUGUUAUGGUACUAAAUCACUUUGAGGGCUAAAAUCCCUAUGAAUGUCCAGUGACUACGAGAAAAAAAUUAAGUAGCCAGAGUCAUUGUAUUGAUUACACAAAUAAAGAAUUAACUAGAUACAGAAUCUACAUCAACAGAAGCAUAAAUCUGUGUCAAAUAAAUUACAUAUAACUGUUUAGGUCUGUGCAAAAUAAUAAAACAAACAAUAUAACAGUAA